UGUUGAUGAACGAAUGGAGGUUGGUCAGAGGGAGCAGCUACUGAAGGAAUGAGGCUCAUCUAGUUUCACUAGUUUCACUCUUCAGAGCGAAGGAUCUGCUGUAACGAGUAAAGUAGAGUUAAUGUUACUGGAACCUCUUCGUUGAGGAAAGCUGAAGACAAUGGCAGUGAAUUUGAGUAAGAAUGGCCCUUCACUCAUGGAGGCGUAUAAAGAAGUAGUGGAUGGAAAGAUGGACACAAACUGGGCGCUCUUCACUUAUGAAGGGAACACCAAUGACAUCCGUCUUGCACAGAAGGGAGAUGGAGGGUUAGAGGAGAUGGUGGAGGAGCUGAACAGUGGGAAGGUGAUGUACGCUUUCUGUCGAGUCCAGGACCCAAACUCUGGUCUGCCAAAAUAUGUCCUCAUAAACUGGACAGGUGACGGUGUAAAGGACUCUAGAAAAGGAAUGUGUGCCAACCACGUGAGCUCGCUGUCCAGCUUCCUGAAGGGAGCCCAUGUGACCAUAAAUGCCCGUGGAGAUGAUGACGUGGACCCGGAGACGAUCUUGCAGAAAGUGGCCAAAACCUCUGGAGCCAACUUUCACUUCAACAAACCGAAGGAACACAAAGACACUACGAGAGGAUCUGUUGGUUCUGUGUAUCGGAAGGUCAACGCUGUGGAGGAAAUACAACAAACUAGAAAAGACGACUUCUGGGGUCAAAAUCAGAGGGACGAAGCACUUCGUCAACAGGAGGAGGACCAGCGGCAGGUGGAGGAACAAACGUUGGAGAGGAAGAGGAAGGAGGUAGAGGAGAAGCAGAUGAGGGAGAGGGAGAAGAAAGCCAAGGAGAGAGCUCAGCAGAUCGAACAGGAGAAGACUCUUCAGAAGCAGAUAGAAGAAGAGGAGCGAGAGAUGGAGCAGCAGAGCCACAAGGCCAAGUCACACAUUCCCCAGAGGUCCUUAAACCCCAGAGACAUGUUCAAGCAGAGGGAGCAGAGCUUUGAGUCUCCUGCUUCCAGACCUGGGAAACUUUUAUCUGAGUCCUUUGAGAGAGAAACUCCGCUACAACCUGAGUCUCGUCCUGCUCCAGCUUUGCUCCCCUUGUCUCCUGUCUCAUCUAUCUCACCUGUGAGGUCUCACUCACCUGCCGCACCACCACAGACAACUGGUUCACCUUUUGCAGCUGCAGAACAAGAGUGGUCUGACGAGUUUGAAGACGAAGAUGGAGAUGAAGCUCCUCCUGAAGACGUGUACGAGGCAGAGACUGAGGAGGACCUGUACGAAAAUGUUUACGAUCCCACAAUCCCCUCGGGCGAAGACGUUGAUGUGGACACGAGAGGACAGAGCAUUAUGGCCAGAGCUUUGUAUGACUACCAGGCUGUGGACGACACUGAGAUCACCUUUGACCCCGGUGACAUCAUCACAGGGGUUGAAAUGCUGGAUGAGGGCUGGUGGAGAGGAUUCGGGCCUCAGGGAGGCUUCGGGAUGUUUCCCGCUAAUUAUGUGGUGCUCCUCUAGAGCCUUUGACCCUCCUUCUGGUCACCUGACGGGAAGUUGACUAAGACAAUAAAAGAUAUUACUUAACUUA